ACCAUGUGGUGACAUAAGGUUGGCUGUCCAAGUGUGACAGGAUCCAAGGACCAGAAUGGUCAGCAAAUCAUCCACCAUGACCAGCUUGCCACCAUGACCAGCUUGCCACCAUGACCAGGAUAUUGUCCCAAAGUUCCCAGCUCCUGCAGCUGCUAGUCUUACAGCUGCUGCAUGCCUUUGUCAAUUCUUUGUCAACAAAUGUGGGGCUGAAUUGUUCAUUUUACUCUGGUAUGCUGUUGGAUGAUAUUUGCUAUAUUGUCUUUAAAGAAAAGCUGAGAUGGAAGAAAGCAAAGGAAUGGUGUAAUUCUAACUCUAUGCACUUGGCCAGGAUUGAGUCAGAUGCUACCUUGAGAACUCUGGGUCAGCUUAUUACAGAGAACCUCAAGUUUUGGCUUGGUGGACAUGAAAUAAGUGACAAUGGCAUGUAUGCCUGGGUGGACAAUGGUCAGCCUGUUUUCUUAACUUUUAUGAGUAGAGAUGAGCCAAACAACUUUGAUGCUUGCUUGGUGGGCUCUCGUGACAUGAUUGUGGAAGACCAGCCUUGUACCAAUGAAAACAUUUUUUUGUGUAUGUUUACAAAUAGUUACUGGGUGGUAAGUUCAAUGAGAAUUAUGUGCCACUGUCUCUAUAGGUAUACUGGUGUUUCAGAUAGUUACUGGGUGGUAAGUUCAAUGAGAAUUAUGUGCCACUGUCUCUAUGGAGCCUGUGAUGACACAGGAAACUGCCAAGGACUGUGCCAAGAAUUCUGGUUUGGGCCUGCCUGUCAGUAUAGAGACAUUCUGCCUGAGGUGACAGCUGUGGCCUACAUGGACAACAAUGAUGCCACCUGCACAGAGACCAUCACGCCUUUAAUAAUUAACCUAGGCAGAAAGUACAAUUUUUCAUGGAUACGAGUUGUUCUCAAAAAAAGUUCUGAGCUGAGAGACAUAAAAUUGAAGCUCUGGCACAACCAUACACAAGUGCAUUGUUCCCAGCAGACACAGACCUAUGUCAAUGCUCUGACUGUCGACAUAUCGUGUGGCCUGCAGAUUCUGGUCAUUGAUAUGCUGGAGUUAACUAGUCUUGAAGGGAAGGAAAUCUGCUCUAUUUACUUAAAUAAAGGCAGAAAUGUUGCUUUAAUGAAAAGCUCUAAAGAAACAGAUCAGGCAGUGGAUGGCCUCCUGAUGAACUGUAUAACUACACAAAGUGGAGAGCAGGUCCACACUUGGACUGUCCAUUUAAUGAAGCUCUAUUACAUUUAUAGCAUCGUGGUACAUCGGUCAAAGAGACCAGACUAUGAAUUUAUGAAAGGCUUUAAUGUGGAAGGAAAAAAUAGUCGACUUGCAACAGUUGCCAGAUUUCAACAUGUAUCACAAGUUGAGGGCCAGGUUGUUGAACUUCUUAAUCCAUCACCAGAAAAUGAGAUUGUGAUAAUAACCCUAACCCUGACCAAAACAGACACUUCUUUUAUAGAGAUUUGUGAGUUUGAAGCUUAUGGAGAUUGUGCUGCCCCCUUCUAUGGCCUAGAGUGUGAAAACCUGUGUCCAGACUCAUGUGUUGACAGUAUGUGUCUUCUUGACGGCACCUGUGUGAGAACAUCAACAUGUACGUACUUUUUCAGUUGGGUGCCACAUUUCAUGUAA